AGGUGCAACAAAAUGAAUUCGAUCGCUCAAAUGCCGAAUUGUAACAAACAUCGCAAUUUUGAUAUAAGUGAGGUUUAUAGAGCCCCUUAGAGGGAUGAUAAUUGUCAAUGGAUUGUCGAUUGAUUUUGACAGUUAGUGCUAUAUUGCUUCCAAAUUUUGCGACUCCUUGCAACGAUUAUUUUGUAUUUAAUAUUUAUGUCAGAAUAAUAGAAUAAAUCAUAUAUGUUUCACCAGAAGCAGCGGUGGUUUAACUCAUAUAAUCACACACUAAGUUAAAGUGAAACUAACAGGUGUUCGGCAAAUAGACGAUUUACAAUACAAAACUAUGGACGCAAGCAUCUUAUAACUUGAUUUUAAACUUGUUUAAGUUGAAUUUAUAAGUCGUCUUUAUGUUGAUUCUAUGCCACAAUUAUUUUCGCGUCACCCAAAACAACAAGAAUGACAACGACGACAUCCAGCAUUUCAGUAAAAAAAAGUUUGUGUUUGGAUUGUUCAUCCUUUUGUUGGUUGAUGUAUUGUGGGUGGUGUCGUCCGAGCUGACUAAGUACAUCUAUGUAGAGGAAAAAAUAGAUAGGCCCUUCCUGGUAUCUUACAUACGCAGCUCUUUGUUAUUUGUUUACCUUGUGGGGUUGUGUUUCUCGCCACCCACCCGAGACCCCUGUAGACCUGCAGAUUACACACAAUUGUUAGAACCCAAUGCUGAGGCAGAUGAGGAUAACUUUUUUAAUGAAUCAAACAAUAGUUUGGGAGACUCCACAUUUGUGCCUGUCCGUGCUGGAGAGACAACAGACAGUGAUGAUGCGACUCCUCGCGCUGUGCGCUUCAAUAAAGUGGCUGAAGUUCGGGUGAUGUCCGCGGCGAUGGCAGGCGAGGCGUUGCUGGCGCGCCUGUCCUGGGCCGCGUCUCUCCGGGCCAGCGAGUUCGCGCAGCGCCGCGCCGCCGCCGCCGCCACGCGCCGCCACUUGCGCAUGGCGCUCGUGUUCACAGUGCCGUGGUUCAUCUCCAACUACCUGUACCGGCUGAGCCUGCGCAGCACGCGCACGGGCUCGGCGACGCUCCUGGCGUCGACGGCGGGCGCGCUAGCCCUCGCGCUGGGCGCGCUGGCGCGGCCCGCGCCCGCCGACCGCUUCACGCUGUCCAGGCUGGCCGGCGUGCUGCUCACGGCCGCCGGGUUGGUGGUGGUCGGAGUGUGGGAGCAGGCGGACUGGGCGGGCGUGCUGGCGGCUCUGGGCGCCGCGCUGACCUAUGCAGUGCACCUGCUGCUGUUCCGGCUCGAGAUGCGCAAGGGCGACGGCAUCAACUCGCCGCUGCUAGUCGGUCUGGUGGGUUGCGCUUGCGGCCUCGGUGGCUGGGCACUAGGAGGCGCCCUAGCGGCCAGCGGCGCCGAGCGCCUGGCGCUGCCCGCCGCGCCCGCCUUGUCCUGGCUGCUGCUCGACGCGCUGCUCGGGCCGCUCCUGCUGGAGUCGCUGUGGCUCUGGGGCCGCUCCCUGACGUCCGUGCACGUGGCCACGACGGCGCUGGCGCUGACGCCGGCGCUGGGCGCGGGCUGGGACGCGCUGCGCGCGGGCGGCGCGUGGCGCGCGGCGGCGGGGCUGCUGGCCGGCGCCGGCUGGCUGCUGGCCGCCGCCGACCCCGCCGCCGGCUGGCUCCGGUCGCGCCUGAGGACUGAUGGCUUCGAGGUAAUAAGAAACAUUCCAGACCUGGACGAGCAGUCGGAGGCGCUGAUGUCCGCCGACGAACCGACGUAGCGGGGCUCGCAAGCAGUUCGUGUGGACACAUCUUGUUAUGCCUAGUCUGAGCAUCCGACACGCUGCUGUACACCUCACCUGCAUCACUGGUACUACGUUUUUCUGUAGCGAUUCAACUGGUUGCUUUUUCGACAAAAGUUCAAAUAUCCUAGUGUUAGUCCUAAGAAUAAUUAAAGUUGCAAAUCAUCCAAUUAAAAAAGUCGAUAAUUGUCUAAUAUGUCCUCCUACGUCCCGAUUCCCGAUGUCAUUUUAAAAGGACAAAUUUCUAAUCUAAUUUUGUACUAUGAUGGAAUGAAAGGUUUCCUAAUUCAAACCUGCAAAACGAUUCUGGAUUUUAGGAGGUUAUGUAUGGCAAGAAAAGUUGUCAUAUCACAAAAUAUCGCUAAUUUUUAAUGUUUAGCCAAUGACUUGUCUACAAUUAGAGUUAUAGAUAUUUUAAACGCUUCAGUUUAAUAGCGCGUAUUAUUCAAUUAAUUAUUUAUUUACACCAUGAAAACUUGAAGAAGUAUAACUGUAUUAAUCACAAUAAUCACGGUUAGGAAACUGUGAGACAGCCAGUGGUAACAACACGGCCACGCAGCGACUAGUGUGGCGUCAGACUACCACUAUUAAUAUAUGUACCACUGUUCACAACAUAGCAUUUAUACAUAGACUUAGACAUUUUAAAUGCAUGUUAACCAUAGCUUAAACAUUCCAGAUAGUUGUUGUUAUUAAUUACUAUAGAUGUACCACUACAAGUUUAAACAAUAGUCACCGAGUGAAAUCAUGUAUAGUUGACUUAAGUAUAUUUAACUUAAAAAGAUUUUAUAGUGUCUACGGUAUGAUUCGUCGAUCUUUUUGUAUCACGUGUGUACUUUUAUCAAAGAGAAUUUGAAAUAGAGAUAGAUUGUCAAAAUAAACUUUGCAGCCACAGCAAAUUUACUGCCAUCUUUCGACACAUGAUUAAAACUUUUAGAACGCCAUUUGACUUUGAUCCUUAUUAUUUUACUGAUAUGUGUUAAAUUUGGCUCGAAACCGCCCGUCGCUCGAAAAGAUGCCGCCAUACCUUUGGCCUUUGCUCUAGUAGAUGGCGCCACUUUUUGAUAUUUAAAAAAAUUAACACAUAUUGGUGAGAAAGAAUAAAGAUCAAAGUCCAAUGGCGUUGUAAAAGUUUUAAUCAUCUGAAGAAAUAUGGUAGUAAAUUUAUUGUGGCUACUAAGUAUACUUUGACAAUCCACAUCUAUUUCAAAUUAUCUUUGCUUUUAUGUUAGCAUAGUAUUGCACCAAUAUGUGCGUCAUUACUUGAACGAUUUGUAUUCUUGAUUUGGUUUUCUAUAAAUAUAAUGUAAAUAAUAUAUUUAUAGUUUGUGCACGUGACGUUAUGAGAUGUGAUACUAUAAUGGACUUAAGCUUAACUUCCUUCACAAGUGACAAUAUUCUCUUCUCUUAUAUUAUCUCUGUGCCUGUAUUUGUAUUUAAUCUAGGCUCGUUUCUAGGGCAGCCAACAAGCAACAAAUUAUUUAAUUUGAUCUGAGAUCUCAAUAUUUUUUACCAGCAUGUAGUUUGAACAGGCCACUUAAAGUACGUAACUUGAUUUGAUAACUUAGGGUAUUUUUCUUUUUAAAACUAAGCGACUACACUUUAAAACUAUGCAGAUGAUAAUGAUGACAUCAAAAGAUAAUUAUAUUUUUACUGUUCAUAGUCCCCAGAGCCCAUAAGCUUAUCGUUCUUUUAAAUUAAGAAACUGUUGGUUUUAAAUUAUAAUACAGUCGGUUAUAAGGCAGCUAAAAGGUGCUGUCUUUUAAAUGGUGUGAAUUAUAAUUUCGGAAAUAUCAAUCGACUGACUAAGUAAUUGACUAUUAUCGUCACUAAAAAAUUGUCAAAGAAUAUCAAAAAGCAAGCUGUAAAUCCAAUGCGACAAUUCACGACAAAUCUCCAAAUGAUUUGAAGUACCGGCCGAUUCAUAUUUCAUAAAGUUAGUAAAAAUAUCUGGAACGUUUUCAUUGUAUUGUAAUGCUACAUUUUUGCCAGCAUCUAAAGGCGGGAUUCCACCAGUGUGCGACACUGUGAGAACACAAGAGUUUUACUGAGUAAGUACUUUAGUACUGAAUAUGCUUGUGCCAGUCACUGGUGGAACCCUGCCUUAAGAUGCUAAAAGAAAUAUCGCAUUAUGAAAUUUCGCCGCGCAAUAUUUCAAUGUGAUUUCAAUUACAUUAAUAUAAUUAACUAUUCAUUUUACGCUUUUAAACGAAACGGUUUUGUUGUUUUGUCAUUUUUUGUAAGGGAUUUGAAUAAAUUUCGUAUAGUCUGUAGUUUAUAUCCAAGCACAGGGGGUUCGUGACACUUUUUGUACAUUGAAGAAUCUUAUACAUAAAAUGUAUUGUAAUGUUAAUAAUUUCAAGAUUAAUUUACAAUCUUCCACCAUGCGUCUCAAGUACAAGGUGCAAACUUGUUAUUACGUAUAUUUGGUAUUUUAUAUAAGUUAAGGUUUCCAGACUUCUCGUUCCCAAACAUUACUGACCCUUGGGAAGAAAAACUGCGUGUAGCUCUGGAAUCCAGAGCCAUCGAAGUAAUCUACUACUAAAUACUCACCUGAUCUUGGUGAUUUAUAUUCUAUGGAAUUUUAUAAAAAUACUGUCGAUGGGCAUUUCUAUUUAAACUUGUUAAACCCCCAAUUUUUGUGUUAGUAUUGGGAAUUUUCAUAUUAUUUCUACUCAGGAUCACGGAUCUUUGCGUCCUUGCCGAGAAAAUAUGCCCCCAUUUUUUUGGUCCACUUGGUUACGUUUUUAAGGACAAUCAAAAAUGUAUGAAAUUUUGGGGAUGCUCUUUUUCCCGUAUUGGGAUCGAAAGAGCUCGUGAUUCUGUAUGGAAUAGUACAAUAUGAUACAAGUGUGCUAAGUUGGUCAUUACACACGAGACGAUAUUGUGCGCGCGAGCUGUAAGCGAGCGCGCAAUAAGAAAGCCCAUGUGAGUAAUGACCAAUGCACACGCGUUUCAUACGACGUUUUUCAACACACUUGCGAGGAAAAAACAAAACUUAUAAAAUUGUUUUUUUUUUUUAUCAAAACAGUAAAUGUUCAAUUUUCAAAAUGGUGGCUUACGGUUUUAACAUCGAAUAAUUGCACCAAAGCGUGCUGGGCUUGUAGGCACUUAUUCGCCAGUUCAUUGAAGUAAGCUACCAACACGUUUUCCAAUAAAGACUGGGCAUAUUUGUAGAUUUUCCAUUGAAUGAAAGUUUAAUAUGCCGCCAAGUACUUUUCAAACGAUUUUGAUGGUAAAAGGCUAUCAUUCUCGGCUCUUGCCUCUAUUAGUACUUAUUACUGGCAGCGUCAAUUUUAUGUAUUCUUCAUUUUCAGUGCUUGAAAAUGUCAUUUUCGUCAAUAUAUAAACUAAAAACACACGACAAAUACGGAAAAUGGCUGGCCCGUUAUUUUAUUUUUUACGCACGAUUCCAAUGCGCGCGCAAGGCAAAGGCGCGAAUGAAAUUGACAAACAGCCAAUUAAAAAAAUGAAAAAAGCUAAUAUUUUCGUAUUUCUAUUCGACGAAUGGAGAUCAAAUCGAUAAAAUGUUGUUUAUUCAUUAAUGUAAUUUACGAGAUAAUUUAAUCUAUAAAUUAUGUUUAGUGUGAUAAAACCUCUUUGAACUAACAUUUGAAACCUAAUAAUUGAUUUAAUAAAAUGUAUUACUUGACCAAAUUAAGAAGGCUCCGUUUCCAUGCAUAUUAUUAGCAAUCAGUUACCUUCUUAACUCAGUCGGAUAAUAUAAUGAAAAAGCACGAUUGUUAUAAUAUACUGAAAAAGCACGCGUGAUUAAUAUCUAGGAUUAUGAGCCAAAAAUCGGUGGAAUUAAAACGUUGUUUUGAGCAAGUGUGUUGAACAUAAUAUAACAAUUCUAAAAUCUGAAAUGCAAGUUGGGAAAAAGAAAAAGAAAUGCCAGAUAUAACACGUCUUUUAUAUACCAAACACCAAGUAAGAAUUCUAGUUAUUAUGUUCGUGGAUUUUUUGCCCAUGUUGUUUAAUAAUGUAUGAGGCGAGUCAGGCGAGCAAAACUUGAUACAAAGUGAACACGCGUCCGAACAUUGCCACUCUAUGUUUAAGAUUCUUUAAUUCAUCACGUAAUUUAUAAGUUAUAAGCUAUUUUAUUUUCGAUAAGAUUGUAUACGUGUGUAAAUAAUAGAUCUACAAAAGCAUGUACUUAUAGAUUUCCGCAUAAUCCAGAAUUCCUAUGAUACAUCCUACAGUUGCUCUUGUAUUUCAUUAAAUAACUUCGGUAAGUUCUGAUAAAUCGAAAGUCCCUUAAUGUUACAUUAGUAAUACAUUACAAUAUAAAAGUGCAGAUCUUUCAGAUUUCAAUGUCCCGUUUUCAUUGUGAAUUUUAAUCCAUUUAUUACGAGUUAUCAUUUAAUUAACAACGACUAAUAUUUUAGAAUUAGUACAUUACGAACAAGUGCGAAAACUAGGAAAUUCGCAACGAGUGGCGAUAAAUUAAAACACGACCGAACGUUUACGGUAUAUAUGGCGCUACUUUACCUCACUAGUGCGCCAUAUGUCUACUAAAACGUUGUACAAUACACGUGCGAAUAGGUAGUUUUUCGUCAAUAGGUCUUUUCCUACUUUUGCACGCACUUGUAUUGUAACUAUUCUUUCACAAUUAAUGCCGUAACGUGUAAGACUGGCAAUAUUAAACCUGAUCAGUUAUUAAUAACAGGUUAUCUUUUAAGAUAAUCGAUCGAAAGAGCGUAAACUGUCAAAACAUUUUCUAGGUAAAAAACUUAAGUAACUCACCUGUUGGAUGUAGUUGUGACGUGUUCGAAUAGACAUUUGUUUUGUUUGUGUGUGUCUUUUAAACAUGUAUUGUCAUAUAAUUAUUGUCAUAAACAUGUAAAAACUUAAGUAAGUUUACUUAAGUUUUUUACCUAUCCGUCUAUUUUCGUUUGGCAUUUGUCAAUAGAUUACUAAGACGCAUAAUGUAGUGCAAAGUAUGGUAUCCGUAAAUGUUACUGCGCCAAAGGUUUAUGUCGACGUACAACGCCAUCUACUUCAGAUGUCGAACGAAGAAGACCCAGCGACGCAACUUAAUAUGUAAAUAACAAACAAACAAGUGAGUUUCACAAUAUGCCCGCAUAUAAAACCCGUCUGUUGCUAUGAAAAAAGUAGAUGUAUAGGUAAUCCAAAUUCCUCGGAAAUAUUAUACGAUCCACUUUUUCACAUGCUCUUAAGCACCAUUUUCUGUGUAAAAUACCUAUCAUAGCAAUGACAGUAUUAAAUGGAUUAUAUGUGUUACAAGAGUUGUGGCAAUAUAUUUUAUUAUUACCUUGA